AUGCCUCCACCUCCAGCCCCACCCAGCAACAUGCCUCCACGCACCGAGCCCGCACCCAGCCAACAUGCCUCACCACCAACGCCCACACAGGCCACCAUGCUCCACGCACGCCACAGCGCCACCGCAGCCACAUGCCUCGCACCACCAGCGGCAGCAACAUGGCUCCACCGUCCAACCCCACCAGCCAACAUGCCUCGCACCACCAGCCCCACCCAGCCAGCAUGCUCACCCCAGGCCCGGCAGCCCAGGCCAACAUGGCCUCGCACCACCGAGCCCCACCAGCCAACAUGCUCCACCUCCAACCCCACCGCAGCCAGACAAUGGCCUCGCACGCAACCGCAUCCCCGAGCCCGCACCAGCCAACAUGCCUCCACCACCAACCGCCACCGCAGCCAAACAUGCCUCCAGGCGACCAAGCUCGCACCCAGCCAACAUGCCUCCACCUCCAGCCCGCACGCACCAACACAUGCCGUCGCACCCAGCCAACAUGCGCUCACGGUCGGGCAGCCGCGCAACCCAGCCAACAUGCGCUCCACCCCCAGCCCGCACUCAGGCCAACAUGCCUCACCGCCCCGACGCGCCACCCAGCGCACCAUGGCCUCCAGCUCCAGGCCGCCAGCCGGCAGCAAGCAUGCUCCAGCGCUCCAGCCCCACCGCAGCAGACAUGCUCCAGCCCGCCAGCCCCACCCAGCCAACAUGCCUCCCACCUCCAGCCCACCCAGCCACAUGCUCGCACCUCAGCCCACCGUCUAG